AUGGAUAACCAUUUCCCUCUGACCGUGCCCCUUCCCCUCCCCCUCCGCCCCUUCCCCCUGUCCCUUUCCCCCUGUCCCUUUCCCCCUGUCCCUUUCCCCCUGUCCCUUUCCCCCUGUCCCUUUCCCCCUGUCCCUUUCCCCCUGUCCCUUUCCCCCUGUCCCUUUCCCCCUGUCCCUUUCCCCCUGUCCCUGUCCCCCUGUCCCUGUCCCCCUGUCCCUGUCCCCCUGUCCCUGUCCCCCUGUCCCUGUCCCCCUGUCCCCCGUCCCCCUGUCCCCCUGUCCCCCUGUCCCCCGUCCCCCUGUCCCCCGUCCCCCCGUCCCCCGUCCCCCUGUCCCCCGUCCCCCCGUCCCCCUGUCCCCCGUCCCCCGUCCCCCUGUCCCCCUGUCCCCCUCCCUUCCCCCGUCCCCCGUCCCCCGUCCCCCGUCCCCCGUCCCCCGUCCCCCGUCCCCCGUCCCCCGUCCCCCGUCCCCCGUCCCCCGUCCCCCGUCCCUUGUCCCUUGUCCCUUGUCCCUUGUCCCUUGUCCCUUGUCCCUUGUCCCUUGUCCCUUGUCCCUUGUCCCUUGUCCCUUGUCCCUUGUCCCUUGUCCGGAUGGGCCCUUCCUCCUUUCCGCCCCCCCAUCCCCUUCCUCCUUUCCGCCCCCUUCCCCUUCCCUGCCCCCCCUCCGCCUCUUCCCCCUUUCCCCCAUGCACUCACAGGCGUUGAAGCCCAGCCAGAGCAGCCAACUGCUUCCCUGGGAUGGGCCCUUUCAGCAGUUGAUUCGCCAGGUAGCUGCACAACGGACGGGGGGGGAUGGGGGCAAGUGGGGGAAUGGGAGCUAUUGGAGCAGCUAGCUGCUUCCCCGGGAUGGGCCCUUUCAGCAGCUGAUUCGCCAGGUAGCUGCACAACGGAAGGGGGGGGAUGGGUGCAAGUGGGGGAAUGGGAGCUAUUGGAGCAGCUAGCUGCUUCCAUGGGAUGGGCCCUUUCAGCAGUUGAUUCGCCAGAUUGCUGCACAACGGAAGGGGGGGGAUGGGGGCAAUUAGUGAGCUGGGAGCUUUUGAUGCGCCCCAAAAGUGCUUCCCUGAAAUAG